CAAGCAGCUAUAAAUUUAGCAAGCUACAGAUAUUGAAUUUAGUUGAACCGACAUUCGUGUAAAACUACAAUCAUGAUGAAAUUCACAUGUCUAAUAUUUUUAGUGGCUGUGGCUAUUUCCUGGUCAUACAUAGACGCUAAGCCCAGCAAGUUGUGGGCUAGGAGUGCCUUGACCAUGGCGAAGCGGCAGACUGAUUCCCUAGAACCACCAUCGGAAUAUGACGUGCCGAAAUCACAGGCUGAAUCCGAUGAAACACCUAAACGCAGUGAGGAAUCUGAAACUGAACUUGCCAAAGAACUCAUUGCCGGCUUGCUUUUGUUGACCGUCGAUUCAGACAAUUCAGCUGAAGUGGACAGGUUAACACUAGCGUUUAAAAAAGCCGCGAAACAAAAGUGGGACAGUUUGUAUGAAUAUGCUAGUCAUUUAUUCAGAGUCUACGAAGAAGUAACCGGAAGGAAACCUGAUGAUAGUAACGAAGCUGAAUAAUUACUUGACUAAGUUAUUGAUUGUUAAAUACUCGAAUAGAAUAUAAUGUUAUUCUAUUGUAUGCUUUUAAAUUUUCACUAUGUAUGUAUUAAUUUAUAAUUUAAUCCCUGUAUUCAAAUAAAUUUAAGGC